GCAACCCAGGCCGAAAGAGAAAGUCCGAAAUACGGAAUCAGAAAUGUAAAUAAAUCGUUGCUCCACACGGUUGAAGAGCUGACGAAAGACUUAAAACAGGUAGAUAGGUAGUUGCAUUCUAGCUUGACUCGUGCGUGGAUGUGUAGACACAGAGGAAAUAUUUCUCACAUUUGUCGAUAACCAGUCAGCAUCUUUUCUGGGAGCGUCGUCUGUCUUUCUUACGUGUGUAGGCCACGUAGCUGGAAUCUGAAUUUAGGUUUUCCGAUAUCUGAACAAAAAUGCAAUCUGUAACUUGCAAUGCACCGGUUAAUAUUGCCGUUAUCAAGUAUUGGGGUAAGCGUGAUGAGGAUCUCAUUUUACCGUUGAAUGAUUCGGUCAGCGCUACGUUGUCCACCGAUCAUCUUUGUACAAAAACGACAGUCAGUGCCUGUCAAAGCUAUCAGGAGAACAAAAUCGUUCUCAACGGCAAGGAGGAAUCGUUUGACAACCCUCGGAUUCUGCGGUGUUUCGAAGAGCUUAAGAAACGUGCACAGCUAGCAGGCAAAUGCAAACCGGACCUUCUGAAGUGGAAAAUCCAUGUACAAACGGAAAACAACUUUCCCACGGCAGCUGGACUGGCUUCCAGUGCAUCCGGAUAUGCCUGUUUAGUCUACUCGUUGGCUUGUCUGUACGGCAUCGAGCAAGAAGAGAUUUCCUCGGUAGCCCGUCAGGGUAGUGGGUCCGCGUGUCGUAGCUUGUAUUCCGGAUUUGUGCAGUGGCGCAAGGGUGAGCUUGCCGAUGGGAGUGAUUCGAUAGCAGUCCAGCUAACACCGGCAGACUUUUGGCCAGAAAUGAGAAUCAUCAUCCUGGUCGUCAACGACACCCGUAAGAAAACUAGUUCUACCGGAGGGAUGUCGACGAGUGUGAAAACUUCCAAGCUGCUGAAGUUCCGAGCGGAGCAUUGCGUUCCCAAGCACACGGCCGAUUUGGUCGACGCUUUGAGAAGGAAAGAUUUCGAAACCUUCGGUAAGAUCACGAUGCAGGACAGCAAUCAAUUCCACGCAGUCUGCCUCGAUACCUAUCCACCGUGUGUUUACAUGAAUGACGUUUCGCAUGCCAUCGUUAAUAUGGUUCAUCGGUUCAAUGAUCUUAACGGCGGUAUCCGGGUGGCUUACACUUUUGAUGCUGGACCAAAUGCGUGCUUGUAUUUGCUUGAAAAAGAUGUACCAGCAUUGCUGGCUACCGUAAAUCGAGUCUUCCCGAAUGAAAAGCUUGGGACAGUGGAAUACAUUAAAGGCAUUCCAGUUGAACUUAAAGACCUACCAAAGGCUGAUGACCAAUUUUCAGCAGUCGGUGACAAUCUCCUCAAAUACAUUAUCAAUACAAAAGUUGGAGAAGGGCCCAAGCGAGUGGAUUGAUUUACAAGCACAACAAUUGUGUCUCUUAUAAGAAAAAUAUAGGUUUCCUAGAAGUAUGAAUUGUGCAACAAAAUGAUGGUAUAGCGUAGGGUAAUGUGUUUUUGAUUUGUAAUUUAAGUCCGUUGUUUCGAAUCGGUGAUGGUUUAUGACCAGCUCAAAAUAUUUUCUGUACUUUAUAAACAUAGUUCUUAUGAGAAUAUAUUUUUUUGCAAAGUAAAAUGAAUAUUAUACGAA